AUGUCGACGAAAAUUGCCAAGCGCAAGCGUGCGAGGAAGGCAUGCAUCCCUUGCCACCAGCGCAAGCGGAAAUGUGACGCCGAGCAUCCCUGUGGCACGUGUACCACCUACGACUACAACUGCAGAUACGCGGACACCACUGGCAUUGCGGGUGGCGGAAUAUACGCUCCGCCCCAAAACGAGCGCGUCAGCGUCGACGGUGGAAGUAGUAUGGCGGGCCGGGCCGCCGCCACAUGGCGCGGUCCAGACGGCCGGUCUUAUGUAGCGCGAGGUCCCCGCGGAGCCGACGCGUCGUCGACGAAGAGUCCCACCGUCGUGGCCGACGCGUCCGCGGCCACCACCACGGCCGCCGGCAUCUUCGACGAGCAGAAGUCCAGAUACGCCGGUGCAUCGGCGGCCAUGGCAUUCCCGCACAUCCUGGGCGUGGCUCUCGGCUCUGACAGCCCUCCCAAGAUGCACUCGUUCGCCUACAACUUUGGCAUCCGCCCCGAGGAAGCUUCCAACGCUCAUGGCUUGCUGGGGAGGCUCAUCUCGGAGGAUGACCUCGGCUUCUUCUCGGGUGUGUACUUCUCGGCAAUGGGCCCUAUCGGCGACUACAUAGACCCGAGAAUCUACGCCCAGCGAUGUCGGGAUUAUUACCAUGGCUCCGGUAGCACGGCGGUCGCCUUUGGCGCCGUGGCCGCUGGCGUCGCUGCUCUCGGGUCGUUCCUAUCCCCUAACAGACACGCGCGGGAGUCUGACCUGGUGCAGUAUGCCAAAGCUAUUCUCGAUGAUCCGGUCUCCAUGCGCACGCUGGGUAUCGACCAUAUCAUCGCGUGGGCCAUGCGAGUGUUUUACCUACGGGCCACGACCCGCCCCAAUUAUGCCUGGGUCGCGUCAUGCACCGCUAUGCACCUCUGCGAAGCGAUCGGGCUGCACGAGGAAGAGAACAUCAAGAAGAUGGCGUCCGUCGCCGGCGCCGCUGUUGUUGGACAUGAUGCGGACCGGCUACGGCGAAUUUUCUGGAUCUCGUGGGCCGGGCAUAACAUGCUGUCCUAUGAGUACGAUCGUUCGUCUGUACGAUUUGGGGCCGUGACUUGCCAGGCUAUCAUCCCGAUAUCAGGGUCCGUUGCCGACCAGUUCGUGCAAAUAGCCCAGAUCAUCCCGGCGCCCAACUCCCCGUUCCACCUCGAAAGUCAGCCUCCAACUCCGCGGGAGGAGCUAUUUGAGCGUCUCAAGGCAUUAGACAAGCUCCAAUUCACCCAUCCGUUCCUGGUGGUGACUAAGGCGGACCUCGCGUUUUGCUUCUAUCGACGCAUUUACCAACUCAAGAUGGGCAUAUCGGACGAGAUCAUUCAGCUCGUCAUUGAUAGCGGCAACGCCGCAGUAGAGGCGGCGGAGCAGCUAGCUAACCAGGGUCUUCUGUUCUGGAACGUCAUCGGCAGCGUCUUCCAGUAUGCCUGCGUCCUGUUGGCCAUCGACACACCGGCCGCCUCCGUCCACAUCGCUGCUGCCUUCAAGGGCUUGGAGAAUCUGGUCAAGGUUGCCGACACAGGACUGACGCGUAAGGCAUUGUCGAUGGCGCGGCAUCUACUCAGCCUCAAUACGGCAAAGAAGCAAAAGGAGCUUGCCCAGCUGGAAGGUGUUGAGGCGAGCUAUCAAUCCUUCCAGUCGCAGCCGGAACCCGAGGCCAACACCGCUGUGCCAGACAUAGGCUGGGGGUUGGACUGGGACCAGUUCCUCAUUGACCCAUAUGUAUCGAUGCUCGGUCCCGACAUCCAGUUGUAG